GUCUACUAUGAUGAUGACAUCUGAAUAAAUACUUAUAUAUUAAGUAAUGAAAAUCCCAUUAUUUAAGCAUAUUAAUUCUCAAAGAUUAUGUUUUUGAUUUUACAGAAAAUGGAAACCAAUAUCUUAAAUAAACCAUCAUCAAUACGAAUAAAAACUUCGGUAAUUAUUAUGCAAGUACUCGUAUUUUUCUGUCAAAACCAGUGGUUGAAAUCUGAAUGUUUUUUAGUGUUUGCUGCUGCUGCUGAAUCUCCGGUGCCGGUGAAGGUUGGAGUUGUGCUGGCCAAGGAAAGCAUGGAAGGGAAAUUAAGAUUAAGCUGUAUUAAGAUGGCAAUCUCUGAUUUAUAUGCUGCUAAUCCUCAAUUCAAUACCAGAAUUGUAAUUCAAGUUAGAAAUUCCAAAAAUCAUGAUAUUGUCAUGGCUGCCGGUGCUGUUUUAGAUUUACUGAAACAUGAGCAAGUAGCAGCAAUCAUCGGACCUGAAACAUCUUCUGAGGCUCAAUUUGUUGUCAAUCUUGGAAACAAAGCUAAAGUUCCCAUUGUCUCCUACUCCUCUACAAAUCCUUUACUUGUUUCUUCUCAAAACCCGUAUUUCAUUCGAGCAACACAGGAUGACUCUUCUCAAGUACGACCCAUAACUGCCCUUGUCCAAGCUUUCGGAUGGAGAGAGCUUGUUCCAGUGUAUGUAGCCAAUGAAUUUGGUGAUGGAUUCAUUCCGUUCUUAGCUGAUGGUCUGGAGAAGAUUGGGACGCGCAUCCCCUACAGGAGUGUCGUCCCAUCAUCUGCCACUGAUGAUCGAAUGGAAGCAGAGUUGUACAAAUUGAAAUCAAUGUCCACUCGUGUUUUCGUAGUUCACAUGGAACCUUCGCUAGGAUCUCGACUGUUUUUGAAAGCAAAACAGUUGGGAAUGAUGAACACAGAAUACGUAUGGAUCAUCACCAAUGCAAUGGCUAAUGUGUUGGAGAACUUGGAUCCUUCGGUCAUCCAAUCAAUGCAGGGAGUAUUGGGUGUGAAGACAUACAUACCCCGAACAAGGGAACGUGCACUUUUUAGUCUUAGCUUGAAAAACAGAUUCCAGAAAGAAAAUCCUAGCAUAUCGAACGUAAGAUUGAGCAUAGAUGAAUUUCAUGCUUAUGAUGCAACAAUUGCUCUUGCGAAAGCUGUGGAGGAAGUGGGUGUUACUAAUUUUUCGUAUCAGACAGCAGAUACGACAGCCAAUAUGUCUACUGAUGUUGGAGUAUCCCAGUUUGGCCCAGAGUUGCUUCAAGCUAUACGAAGAACGAGAUUUACAGGACUUGCAGGCAACUUUAAGCUGAUUGAUGGGCAGCUGCAAUCUUCGGCUUUUAGCCUUAUAAAUGUACGAAUUAGGGGAGUGAAAGAAAUUGGUUUUUGGACUCCGUCCAAUGGACUUGUUAAAAAGCUAAGUUCAGCAAACGGUAGGAAAUACAGCACUUCUAAGGAUGAUCUUGGGUUAAUCAUAUGGCCAGGAGGGUCUAGAUUUGCUCCCAAAGGUUGGGUAGUUUCUCCGAAUGGGAAAAAGUUGAGGAUCGGUGUUCCAAUCAAGGACGGAUUUCGUGAAUUUGUGACUGUCGAUCAUGAUCCAGCCACCAACGUGACAAAGGUCACUGGCUACUGUAUUGACGUCUUUGAUAUUGUAAUGAGUAAACUACCUUACGAUGUACCUUACGAGUAUAUCCCCUACACUGAACAUGUAGGUGAACCUACAGAUAGUUAUGAUGCACUAGUUUCUCAAGUCUACCUUAAGAACUUUGAUGCUGUGGUAGGAGAUGUUACAAUUAGAGCAAAGAGAUCGUUGAAUGUAGAUUUUACGUUUCCUUAUACCGAAUCUGGAGUCGUUAUGAUUGUACCAACAAAAUGCAAUAGGAGGAUCCGAGCCUGGCUUUUUGUUAAACCCUUGACAAGGGAUUUGUGGAUUGUCGCCUUCUGUUCCUUCAUUUUCAUCGCGUUUGUAGUUUGGGUGCUUGAACAUCGAAUAAAUCCAGAUUUCAGAGGACCUCCAGGGCACCAAGCUGGAACAAGUCUAUAUUACUCCUUCUCGACGUUGGUUUUCUCUCAUAGUUUUAAUGUGUUUAGUAACCUCACAAGAUUUGUAGUGAUCAUAUGGGUUUUUGUGGUGCUUAUCCUUAUACAAAGCUACACUGCAAACUUGGCAUCCUUGCUGACAGUUGAACAACUUCAACCCACCAUUACCGACAUAAAGGAGCUCAUUAAAAACCGAGAAAUUGUUGGGUUUCAAGAAGGCUCCUUUGUUGAGCAAUCUCUUAUAGAAAUGGGAUUCGACCCCUCGAAUUUAAAGUCUUACAAUACAACCGAACAGUUGCAUGAACUUUUAGCGAAAGGUACAGAAAAAGGCGGUAUUGCAGCAGCAUUUGAUGAGCUUCCAUAUGUAAAGGUUUUUCUCACAAAAUAUCGCUCUAAGUACACCAUGGUUCCUCCGACAUACAAGACUGAUGGCUUUGCAUUUGUUUUCCCCAAAGGUUCUCUUCUUGGAUCAGAUGUCUCCAGACAAGUAUUAACUGUAACAGAAGGAAAAGAAAUGACAGAUAUUGAGAAGAAGUGGUUCAUAGACACAGAAUUCAAAGAUUUAGGUGCAUCAUUGUCUUCAAAUAGUCUUGGUCUCGACAGUUUUUGGGGCUUAUUUACAAUCGCAGGAUCAGUAGCGUUGUCUGCUCUCUUUAUUUCCUUGGGAAUCUUUCUCAACGAGCAUAGGGAAGUCUGGUUCGAUAGCAGUGUUUCAGUUUGGACUAGAAUUAGGACACUGAUGAGAAUUUAUGAUCAAAGGAAUCUCAGCUCCCAUACUUUCAGGAAUGUCGGAACAUCAUCCAAUACUACUCCAUAUCCACAAAGUCCAAAACAUUAUUGGAACAGUUCUGAAAGAGGCUUCGACAAUUCUGCAAGACAGUCAACUCCAAUGUCGGAGAUAAUGCAUAGAAAUUUAAGUAGGCCGGAAGAGCUGGUGUGA